AUGGCGGUCCCUGCUCUGUUGAUCGAAGCAAGAUGCGAGUACUGCGUCAGCAUCUUCAUCCUUCUGCUGAGGUGGUUUGUCAGAUUCAAGCUUCGACAGUGGUAUUGGGAUGACCUCUUCGCGGUCGGGGUGGCAAUCACCUUGAGCUCGCUGCUCGCUGCGCUGGAGCUGCUGAGUCAGAAGGGGGCUCCGGCAGGGCUGACAGCAGAAGCCCGACAGCAACUACCUUCAGAGUUGGUUGUACAACUCGAAAGUGGCGCCAAGUUGAUGUAUGCUGCAUUUUACCUUUACGCGGCUGCGAUAUGGUGCUUGAAGGGCUGUAUGGUCGUCUUCUAUUUGCGCUUGACGGAUGGCUUGCGGCUUAAGAGAUUCAUCUGGGGCGUCGCCGCCUUGUCUAUUGCCUUCUUCUUCGCCGCCAUAAUCACCUUGCUGGCCCAUUGUAUACCCAUCAGCCACAACUGGCAAGUUCUUCCUGACCCGGGCGCGGAAUGCUCCGACGGAUAUAACAUCAAUAUUGUCGUCGCUUCUGGCAACUUUACGACUGACUUCCUUUUGCUUCUGACGCCGGUAAUGAUGCUUCGGAAAGUCCAAAUUCCCCUCUGGAGAAAGAUCAGAAUUGGCUUCCUACUCAGCUUGGGUGGGGUUGUGAUGGCCUUCACUCUCCUACGGUGCAUCCUCACCAUCUAUUCGCCCAGGACCAUCAAUCAAAGCUCCAUCUGGGCUAUGCGUGAGCUGCUGGUCGCCGUUUUUGCCGUCAACGCCCCUAUUCUGAAUUCCCUUUUCAGGCGCAACACCUGGACCGGUAGCUUUCCAUCGAGUAGCAAGAAUACAAAAAGCUCGCAGAUGCUGGGAAGCGGCGUGGACGAGCCAAGAGACCGUGGUUCUUCUAGAGACAUCUACAAAAUGACCGAUAUCGAGGUCAAGGAUUCCGGGAGCGACAAAGACCUCAUCCAAGAUGAGUACCGGCAUGGUCGAGCGCAGGUUUGGGCAGGACCCAACAAGAAUAUGAGAUACUAA